AUGGUGAGUACAUUCUUAUCCUAUUGGUGUUUUUCAUGAGUUUGGUGAUUUUUGAUGGUUGAUUAGUAUCCUAUCAUGGCCAUGCAAAUAACAUUACUUAUCAUUUGGUAGAUUAGUAUAUAAAGUUGGCUCAACCUCGGAUUUUUUUAGCUUGUAAAUAUUUCCAUGGUAAGUUGUUUCGCUGUCAUGUUGUUUGGCUGGUUGCGUAAUGUUUGUUUGCAAUUGGUUUGUAUGUUUGAAUGGUUGCCUGGCUGGUUGGUCGGUUGAUUUUAUCUCAUGUGACAUUUCAAUUUUCAAAGUAUCAUUACCACUUGCCACUUCAAUCGGCAUAUAUGUACUUUUUAACCUCGUUUUCACAUUAGAAUACUUAUGGACAGACUCCAUGCCAGUAUAAUGGCACUUGUCAGACAGGAUUUACAGACAAAGGUUACAGAUGCCUUUGCCCACCUGAAUACAAGGGCACCAAUUGCGAGGAGAAGAACGGUAGGUAAAAAAGCAUUUCUCAUUUGGUGAAAUACUUUUAUGAAAAACUCUACCUCACCCUUGAAGUUGUCUAUCGAUGAAUCCAAAUGCCAGUCCUAUUCAGCCAAUUACUCAAUUACCAGAUGUCUGAAUCCCCUUUUGUCUCUCCUGUUUUCCUAUCCAUCUUUCUGACUAAGCGGAUGGCUGUCUUGCCAUGUAUUCUUUUUACCCAACUCACAUUUUUUUGUUAAAAAUCAAUUCAUCACAUAUGUGUUGGUUCUUUUCCCACAGUAAGAUGGAUACAGAUGACGCCACUUACAGUUUGCUUUGAAGCAAGAGAUGAUUCGUAUGGUUUCUUUCGAACUUCCAAAGCGGGUAACAUCAUUACAUUCAAAUUAACGUACAAAUCUGGUUACGUCACCUGUGAUGCACGAAAGUCAGGUUUUCAAUCCAAAUGGGGAUGCCUUUGGAACCGUUUCAUUCCCAACCAAAUGGCUACUUUGAUAACUGACAAAAACCGUAAUCUUCUUCUCCCAAAGAGUGAUUUCCUAUCAGAUUAUCGGGACUGCAAGUUUUACAGCCUGCCUUGGGCCACAACCGAAUCGCCACAACUGCACUUUGAUAAUUUCUCUACCCCGCUGAUGGUGGAGACGAACCAAGAAUUCCAAAUCUGGUACAGCGAGGACUUGUUCAAAUGGGGUUAUGGCGAUAAUGGGUACGAAAAAACGUGUAUUGCAGUGUAUGGUUUGUAUGUUUGAGUUGUCGCCAAAAUUAGGAAGUACAUUGAAGAAGAGAGUGCCAAAAAUUGUUGUUCACGCCUUUAUGACUUCAAUAUUACAUAACUGCAACUAACUGCUAUAUGGUCUACCCGAGCAUCUGCUUUCAAGAUGACAAUCUGUUUAAAAUACAGCAGCCCGAAUUGUUACACGUACUAGGAAGUUUGAUCGUAUGACCCCUGUCCUAAAAGAAAAAUUGCACUGGCUUCCUGUUCGUCACUGUAUAGUUUAUAAAAUUCUUUCACUGGUCUACAAGGCUAUCAAUGAAGCAGUGCCUUGCUACAUUAGUGACAAACUAAAUUAUCGCACCUCUAAACGGACACUUACGUCCCUUCUCAAUACGUUCUGGCGACCCCGAAAGCGAGACUAAAGACUUAUGGGGAAAGGACGUUUGCUGUGGCGGCUUCAGGACUAUGGAACUCGAUCCCACUCGUAAUAGCCAUAGGAUCUAGUUCUUCAAUUAACAGUUAAUUUCUUUAACUACUUAAUAAACUAUCAAAAUGUGGGGCAGUGUGCUCCUAAAAAUUUCCUCGAUAGACCGACCGGAAACUUUAAAGAAGUUGACCAAUUAGUGAUGAAUUUCUCUCUCGAGAAAUGUAAAAAUUAGAAAAAUGUUUCAAACUUUGCCAUGAGCAUGUUUUGAUGAAUUAGCAGAGUAUGUUGGGUUAUUUUUUAUUUCAUCAAAAUGCUCCAUUUAAAGCUCUUUUCUUCUUUUCUGCAAAUUUUUAGUACAUGUAGUUUUCGCCGUGGCAAUCAAUAGCGCCGUAUCGAUUCGGCUGUCGAUUGUAAAUAAUCAAAAUUGAUUUUUUUCCUUAGUAUCAUAUCCGGUUCCCAGAAAAUUGCUGGAUUCCAGGCCUUAUUUUCCUGUUAUCUAUGAGGUAAUAUAAGAAUUUGCAUCAACUCCAAAUUCUGUGGAAAAAUGUAGCGACACAGAUCUUAGGGCAAGUGUUAAACUGUACCGCCCGAACUUUACCGCUGUGGAGUAGAGCUUUCUUUGAGUGCGAGAGAGCGUGACCACAUUUGCACAUUUACUAAGGCGUAUUCUGUGAGCCUGGGAUACCUGUGCCUUUAUCGUUCAUUUCUUCCUCGGUUGAUAAAUGUCCGAAUGUGACUUAAGGUCUACCUCAAAUUCCCUGUCUAAAUCCUCUCGGAGUAUUUUAUUUAAAUGGUUAGCUUUGAAUUCGUUUCAGGCCAUAAAAGCAAAGAGAUUUCUCUCAAAUCUUUGCAGCCGAGAAUCUUAACUGGAAAACAGAAAAGAAAAUUAAUAAAUAUGAUUAUAUGAAAAUCAUGUGUGGAAACUACGGAUUUAGAAAUUAAUAUGGAAGAGGUAUUCGCAGCAGUGAACACAACUUACGCAGUAGUGAAAAUAAAGCCUGAAAAGUUCAGGUCAUACGGGAUUUGAAUCCAUGAACUUUGCAAUACCGCUGCAGUGCUCUACCAACCGAGCAAAUGUGAUUUUCAUAUAUUCACUUCACGGGUUUAUUACGAACCAACAUUAUGAGCGUUGAAAGGAAAACGGAUUAGAUCAAAAUUAUAUAGGUAACAGACGGUAUCCUCCCCUUUGUCCUCUCCUUAUCAACAUGACGCGUGACAAUCUGCUAAAAGAGUUUAUCAAGUACGCAGAUAUUCUUUGAAAGUUGAAUCUUUUCAAGGGUCAAAUUAGCAGUUCCAGGCUCUCAGAACCAGCGGAACCAGCAUCUCCGCUGUUCGAACGCACGGCACAAGUUAGGGAUGAAAUAUACUCAGAAUAUAUCAGCCCAUUAAUGAAAAUAGCGCUUUGAUACAUACGACCCUCUUACAGUACAAAAAAAAAAUUUAGAUUCUCGUAGCUUCUAAAAUUGUAAAAUAUUGCUUUCAAUUAUGAAUAAUUAGCACUGACUUUUAUGAAUUUUACGCCGACGUCUUGUGCUUUUGUUUUUUUCGCUUUGUUUUGUUAUAUUUUUCUAAGGUACGUCUAUAAACGAGUCUAUGUAGCCGUUCAGACAUCUUUGUGAGAAGAACCGCUCGUAAAUGUGUGACUGAUAACCUUACGUCAGUCUUGCUUCCAGUGACAAAAAUCUACGCGCAUUUAUACCCCAAAUAACUAAUGAUAAUAAUGAGUUUCCGACUUAGAGCAUUUUACUAAUAGAUGCCGAAAUAAAAACUCGUAUGAAAAACCAGAUCUUUGUUUGUGAAAGAUAACUUUCUCCUUAGCUUAGAGAAAUAAACAAAAGGUGGAGUAAUUGACGUUGUUUCCCACUUUCUCUUCAUCUGCAAGGUAAUUUACCGGCUUGAUCUGGAUUGAGAGGGACGCAAAGGAGGUUGAUAAUCUCGAACUAAGGAAGGUUGAUAAGGAUAUCGGAAUUUGGAAAGAAAGUAUAUAAAUAGGAAUUCUGUGUCCUUAAAUAAAAUGACUUUCUCAUCUAAGUAACAGAGCAUCAACAAAGCACGGAACUUUUUCUCGAUUUAAACUUGACGUGCGGAGAACAAGCUUUAAAACCUGUUCCUUUUUCAGACACCUCAUUAAUUACUUCAAGCCACAUCCUUUAUUCCAUGUCCACCGGCUUCAGUGACGGCAAAGGAAGGAUAAAAAAUAUAAUAUUUUGAUCUUCUGGGAACAACAAUUACACCUGUUCCUUUACUCGAUCAUCAUGUGGUCAAAAAAUUUUUCAAAACCUAGAAGCUCAAUAAUAACUCUGUUCACAAUUAUCUCAGUAGCGGAAUAUUUCGCAUGCUGUUCAAUCGCUAGAGUUUAAUUAACACAUUUUCAAUGCGUUUUAUUUACCCUAAUCAGACCGAAUGCCGCCAAUGCUAAAUUCCGAGCCAAUAGCCCUGCAAAGUACAAAGUCGAAUAGAAAAUCUCCUAACUAUAUGAUUAGAAUUCUCUGCAUACAAAAGAAGUAAACAGGCAUAAAAAUCUUUUCAGAAGUCACCAGCGAUGAUCCUUAGUAGCGGCUCAAUUUAGUCUUUACCAUGGCUUCUUCCAGAAAAUUUUACUUGGUCGCCCUGUUAUCUUCAUUGGUAAUUAAAGUUGCGGGUGAAGAAGGUGAGUUAUACUUUCAUUUCCUCCGAGCUGACAUAAAAUCAUUACAGUUCAACUAAGUUAGACGCACACUCGAUUUCAUGUUCGUUAUUUUCAGUUUUUUCCAUUGAUAGAAGGUAAUGCAGUUAACUAAACUUGAAACCAUCCAGCCUAAACUUACUUUUCAAAACUCUAAGAUAAUUGUAGAAAACAUUUUUAGGUCGCAUGAACGAUAAGGCAAAGGCCGACGUGUUGACUUUUGGUAAAUAAUAACAACACAUUUUUUUCUGUUUGGUGUUGUUAAGACAACCCAAAUUCUAAACCGCCAAUCGCAGCCCACACAUAAAAAAUACAGGUCUUCCUAUUGUAUGAUUAAAAUUAAAACGGACUCCUGGUUAGUUCGGUUACAAUGCAAGGACAGGAGAAACUGGUGGGUGACAAAACUCCCCGCUAUCGAGAGGCAACAAGGCUCUUCUUCGGUCUUCUCCCCUUCUUCUUAUUUUUACGCUAAUGGCCCUGAGGGAGUUUCUCUCUCUACGAGUAGUUAAGAAAAAGUUUAAAGUCUAGGGCAAGUGUGGAAUUUAUGUCUCAUACACAUGAAUUGAACUAACUAGUGAGAUCAAGAACUCAAGGAUAUCAAAAAGCCCUCAGCCAGGACAAAAAAAUUCAGAGAUUUUAACUCAGACUGGCUUCCUGUAAUAAAAUUCAAUGCUGGAAUGUUGCCUUUUUCAAACUGGGCCAUGGUCCGAUUGUACCAAGUUACCGGUAUGCUAAGAAUUCCAAAUUGAUUUGUCAAAGAAACAGAGAUAUGUGUCUUCAAAGAUGCACUACGGCAAAAGCGAAUAAAAAAAAAUAUUGUAUUCAAUAACAAUGGAGUCGUAAAAUACCCUAGACGCAUUAUAAAUGGUUAUAACUUCAAAUAAAUUUAAUUUUUAAUGAAAUACACGAUUCAGUGAGUUGUGCUCCAAUUUUCUUAAGCGUAAACUUUAUCCAUUCUGCUACAGUGUUGUAAGUAAUUGAAUUUAUAAUUGUAAUGGGACCGAGUGGAGUUUAAUUUCGCUCACUCAUGAAUGCGAUUAAAGACCGAAUUGGACGACACGCAGUCCUGUUACCAAUUAACCAUAACUAUUACAAUUUAAGAAAAAAAAAAAGGAAAAACAUAUAAACUUACGACACGAAGUCCCGUUACCAAUUGAUCAUAACCAACACAAAUACAUUUACAUUUACUUGAGAAAAUAUCUUCGGUAGAGCCACUGUUUUGUAGGGUAAGUGGUUGUUGCUACAUUUAUCAUAGUCAACUCUGUGAUUGGGGGAUUUGGCGGAGUAAUUUGCUGCUUUACCUGUCCGAUUACAGAUGUCGAAUUACAGUGGACUGUCCGAUUGCACUUUCCGAUUACAAAUCUACAGAAUAAUUAGUCCUAAAUAAAGCAGUUAAAGAACCGAAAACAUUUGAGGACAUUUCUCCACUGGUCGUGGAGGAGAGAGAGGCAAAACUGUUAUGUUUUGCUACUUUUACAACUCGUAAGUUUCAUUACUCCAUUGGCUUUGCUUAGUCCCUCAAAAACGCAACUGGUUCUUUACCUGUCUAGACUAAACCAUAAAUGGUGCUAAUCAAAUCCGAUUCAAUUUCCCAAAGAUUUCUGUCGCAAGAUGGAAUUUAUAUCUUCUCUUGCCUUCCCUGGCAAACGGCUCAUAAACCACUUGAUACGAACCGUAGAAUCCCCUGUGCAAGACUUCUGCUCAGCUCCAUGCUACAUGGAACCCAACUGCGUCAGCUAUAACGAAUUAGUGGCUAGCGGAUCUCCAGUAAUCACAAAAUGCGAACUGAAUAAUUCCACACACAAUGAACAUCCUCAGGAUCUCAAGUCUUGGGCAAACUACAGAUAUAAAGCAACAAUGGUGAGUACAUUCUUUUCCUCUUUGUGCUUUUCGUUUAUCCUUGGUUGAUUUAUCAUUGAUUGGUAUCCUAUCAUGGCCAAGCGAAUAAAAUUACUUAUCAUUUGGUAGAUUAGUAUACAAAGUUAGAAAGCUCUACCUCGGGUUGUUUAGCUUGUGAAUGUUUCGACGGUAAGUUGUUUCACUAGUAUGUUGCUUGGCUGGUUGCGCAAUGUUUUUUUGUAAUUGGUUUGUAUGGUUGACAGGUUACGUGGCUGGUUGUUUGGUUGAUUUGAUCUCAUUUGACAUUUCAAGUUUCAUUUCAAAGUAUCAUUACCAAUUACCACUUCAGUUGGCAUAUAUCUGCUUUUUAAACCUCGUUUUCACACCAGAACACUUGUGGACAGACUCCAUGCCAACAUGAUGUCCACCUGAAUACAAGGGCAUCAAUUGCGAGGAAAGAAACGGUGGGCAAAAAACAUUUUUCAUUUGGUGAAAUAUUUUUAUGAAAAACUCUACCUGACCCUUUAAGUUAUCUUUCCAUGAAUCCAAUUGUAAGUCUUACUCAGCCAGCCAUUCGUCCGUCUGCUCCUCCAGAUGUCUGAAACCCCUUUUGUCCCUGCUGUUUUCCUAUCCAUCUGUCUGACUAAGCGGCUGGCUGUCUAGAUGUGUAUUCUUUUUACCCAACUCAUAUUCUUUUGUUCAAAAUCAAUUCAUCAAAGAUAUGCUGUUUCUUUUCCCAACAGUAAGAUGGAUACAGAUGACGCCAUCUACAGUUUGCUUUGGGGCAAGAGAUGAUUCGUAUGGUUUCUUUAGAACUGCCAAGGUGGGUAACAUCAUUACACUCAAAUUAGCGUACAAAUCCGGUUACGUGACCUGUCAUUCAUCGAACCCAAGCUAUCAAUCCAAAUGGGGAUGCCUUUGGAACCGUCUCAUUCCCAACCAAAUGGCUACGUUGAUAACUGACAAAAACCGUAAUCUUCUUCUCCCAAAGAGUGAUUUCCUAUCAGAUUAUUGGGGCUGCAAGUUUUACAGCCUGCCUUGGGCCACAACCGAAUCGCCACAACUGCUCUUUGAUAAUUUCUCUACCCCGCUGGCGGUGGAAACGAACCAAGAAUUCCAAAUCUGGUACAGCGAGGACUUGUUCAAAUGGGGUUAUGGCGAUAAUGGGUACGAGAAAACGUGUGCUGUAGUGUAUGGUUUGUAUGUUUGAGUAGUCGCCCAAAUUACGAAGUACAUUGAAGAAGAGAGUGCCAAAAAUUGUUGUUCAUGCCUUUAUUACUUCAAUAUUAGAUAACUACAACUCACUACUAUAUGGUCUACCUAAGCAUCUUCUUUCGAGAUUGUAAUCCUUUUAAAAUACAGCAGCUCGAAUUGUUACACGCACUAGGAUGUUGAUCGUAUGACCCCAAUCCUAAAAAAAAAAAAGCUUCGCUGGCUUCCUGUCCGUCACUGUAUAGUUUAUAAAAUUCUUUCAUUGGUCUACAAAGCUAUUAAUGGAGCAGUGCCUUGCUGCAUCAGUGACUCACUUAAUUGUCACACCUCUAAACGGACACUAUGGUUCUCUUUUCAACACCUUCUGGUGACCCCUGAAAGCGAGACUAAAAGAUAUUUUAAAACGUAUCUUUCAAAAAAAAAGCUCAUAACUCCUUUUAGUUUUAUUAGAUAAUAAAUAUGUUUAAUUACCUCAGAAUUUUUUCAAUUUAUUUAUUCCUGUAUAUAGAUACAGAAAUUUUUUUUCUCUUUCCCCCCUUUCUUUUAGCUUUUUUAUGAUCUUAACGCAAAGCACCAUGGACAAUUAGUGGAUUUGGCGAUGUAUAAAUACAUUUUCUAUCAUCAUUUAUAAUACAUGUACUUAUGACAUCCGGAAAAAAUACUCUAACUUUAGUGAGGUUCCUCUCUUCGAUUCAAGAACGAAGGAAAAGAAUGCUUGUCCUGGUAAAGGCCUUGCUUGGAAUCGAGAAUUCACAAGAAUGACUUGUGAGAUUUUAAGAUAUGCACCCUAAGUUAAUAGAGAUGAAAUAAAAAACUUGAAUAUAUGCUAGUCUAUUUUCAUUUUCGCUUUGCAUCCGUUCCUACAAUGGUUGGCCUCCGGGUUCAUGGAACAUUUGAGAAUGAAACUGGCCAGUUAUAAUUCAAAUUCUGCUUCUAUUUUCUUAUGUAAGAUAUCUCAAACUGGUAUUAGUCCUGCGAGCAUUCGCCCUUUUGAAUUUUAAAGUUCAAUUUGCUGCCCUUAACACUUACUGGAAAACAAAACUUGAAAUCAUUGAUUUCCGAGAAUGCUUUGUCAUUCCCGUCGUACUCGUAGGUUUUCCACGGACUUCAUAAUGAUUUUCAUAUCUAGAACCCAAUGAUGCUCUGCAGAAAGUAAGGGAGGCAAGAAGGUAUUUAAGUAUUAUCAACUGAGUUGAUAACCUCAAUUAGCCUCCUUACAGAGUCUAAAGCUGGCUUCCAAUCUACGUUAUUAACUCAGUUGCUAAAACUAAAUUACCCUGUGAUACUCUCCCAUCCACGCUGCACCAAAAUUUCUUUAGAAACGUCCCCCUCUAAUAAAAGGAAGUUGGGUUUCUUCUCCAUAAAACAUCUUAUGCAUAAACGUUUUGACUUAUUUGGAAAAUACUCACAGGGUAACAAAUAGAAUAAGAAAGAUGGUUAGAUUUUGAGCCCACUAAAGAAAUAAAUAAAGAAAUUUUUUUCGUCUCGUCACGAGCGUGAGACAAGGAAAAACUUCUGAGUCCCCAUGAGAAUCGGACCUAAAAUCUUCGGACUCCGCCCUCCGAUGCUCUACAACUGAGCCACGGAGAGUCUGUGGUUGGCAAGGCCAACUCCGAAGUUCAUGCAUGAUACGCGUCCGGCAAACUGCUAGGAUCAGCAAUGUCGUUAACGUCAUGUUUUGUUAAUAGGAAAAAGAAAGAUGGUAAGAUUUUGGGCUCGGUAAAGGAAUAAAGGAAGCUGUUUUUUCAUCUUGUCUCGGGCGUGGGACGAAGAAAAACUCUGAGCCCUCGCGAGAAAUCGAACCUCAGAUCUCCGGACUCCGUGUUCCGAUGCUCUACUACUUAUCCACAGAGACUCUAUAUGACUAUAGACUUCUAUCCUAUAUUAAAGUUCAUAUAUCAGACACCCGUCCUGCAUACUGCUACUAUCAGGGUAACAAAGGUCAACAAAUAACGUAACAACAGGGUAAUUGCUUUCAUCAAGAGAAAGUAAUGGUCCCAUUAUUUCUUUUGUUUUAAUUUUUAAAUUUAAGUUUUACAGGAAGAGAGGUGGCCAAUAUUCGUGGGUCAUGUGUAAAGAGUAAAUUGUCGCGACAAAUUUUCGCGGGUAAGUUGUCAGGUGUGAAUUGAAAAAAAGGGUCGUUCAGUUAGAAAAAAGCCGUGAGUAAAGUACAUUGUCGUAAUAAAAUCUGCUAUUAAUCUCACACCUUGAAAUUCAAAAAAGAGAUGGGGGAGAGAGGAGUCAGCUGAGAAGAGCUGAGAGGAAGGCAAAGGGCAAACAGCAUUGGGGGCCUCUGGCCACGAUUAGGAUGGACUGAAUCAUGGUAAAUAGUAAUAUAAAUAGCAACACAAAAUUAAUACCAACACAUUUCUUUCUUUAAAACUUAAAGAGUAAUAAUUCGACAAAAACUUUUUCGCGAACUGAAGGACGAAAGGUCUUGAAUCCACGCUGUCCUCAACGAAAAUAAUGAGUCGGGCGGUGCACGAUUUUUCAUUCACUUUCCGUCAUUCAAUAUCCUUUAUUAUCCAGAUUAAUAACUCAGAUAUUUAAAAAAUAAACGAAUGACAUUGUAGUACAACGUCUAUCACAUAUCAAUUUCAGAUAGUGCACGGUUGUCGUUCCCCGCUUCGCAUAUGUUGUAAUCAAAUCGUUUUUCUUUUUUUUUCAGAUAUGGUAGCGGAUCACAGAGCAGUUUCGAAAGCACGUCCACAAUAUUAUAGAUCAUAACGCCACAUAAAUUUAAAACUGCCUUUUUUUGGUUUGAAUGUUUUUUUAAGGGCUUCGAGCACAUUUUCCACGAAAAAUGUAGAUCGCAGUUAUUAAUGUAACUCCAAAAACUGACAAAUUUUCGAAUAAUUGAACAGGAUCAUGACUUUUUUAUUAAAUUCAUGUUUAUUUUUACCAAAGUUGGUAAUAAAAUAAUUAUACGUCAAACAUUCAGACGCGAUAAAUCUUUCGAUGUGUUUAUCUAAUGCGCGGAAUGCAUUUUUUGAUCUUUCACAUUUUGAAAGUAUUUGGAUCAAAAAGUCCAAUACAACUUGAAGGUUUAAGUUUCUGUUAUCCUAAGAAUAUGGAAUAUAUUCCCUAAGAGACCUUAUUCCUUUUUAUUGAGCACAGCGGAAAACAACUGUUUGCGUCACUUGCGCUAAUGUCCAUAUAGAACUGACAGCUGCUGAGAGCUUUGUUUGAUGUAUUUUCAUGAUACGCUUUCCUUCAUAAUAAUAGGUCGGUUUGGGCUGCUUAGUCCACUGCUGGGAGCUGGUGAUCGACUUAAAACUUUUAGCACACGUGCGGGGUAGAAAUAGAAGACCGUAAUCUUGAAUUGACUUGCUUGACGUUCGGUCAAGGUGACUGGAAAACUGCCAAUCGUUUUCCAUCGUUCGAUUCAUUUAUGAGUGCAAUCAUUUCAUAUAUCACUUUCAUUCUCUUCGCUGAUGCAGAACGAAUAAAAUUUACAAAUAUUAAGUAUUGUAAACAGCCACGUUCAACCUCCACCCAUGAAUGAAACUCAUUUUUGCAAAAUUAAAGGGUAUUUAACGAAGAUUUUUAAGCGCAUCCUACUCAGAAAGUUGGAUAUAAGAUGCAAAACACAAACAACUUCGACCACCAGUUAAGUCAAUUAAAAAAUCCUACUUUCCCAACUCUGUUCUCUCAAUAACAUGCACAUAUUACACUGUAAAGUUAACUUCCAUUGUAGUUUAGCAAACGGAAUUUGAUGUCUUUUCAUCGAAAGGAGGUAGAUUUUUACCGCUCUCAACCAUCUCAGAGAAUUUCGUUUUACCUUAGAACAUUGCUGGAACAUGAAAGAGUAUUUUAUAAGUUCUAAGGAAAGCUAUUGACGCAAAAAGUCUUUAAGGACUAGUUUAAUGUACUCUCUUCAAAAAAUUUCACCAAAAACUUAAUGACCCAGUAUGGUUGGAUUAUUGGAAAAAUUUGCAUAACUGUUGCGUACAACUUGUAAAGUUUCUCAAGUUUGAAAAUUUAUGGCGUUGCAACGUUCGCUCAUUUGCCAUUUAUCAAUAACAACUUUGAUUUGGAAAGAUCCUUCUUAAUCUUUUUCGUCGACUUCAAAUGCCAAGAUCAAAACUUUUUACAGAGGAAGAAAUAGUUUUUGCCGUGUUAUUUCUGGAAAGAACCUCAUUUAUACUCACAAAGGCUGGGUGUACAUAACAGGUGGCAUCUGUAAACAAUUAAAAAAGAAAUGAUAACUUGACUACUAUCCAUCUGAGAUAUAUAAUGUUCAACUUUCAAAUUUACUUAUCUUCCGGGAAGGGUCGAUUUAUCAUGUUUAUACUGAAUUUAUCAGUAAAAACAUUUUUAAUCAGCUGCGUGAUGUCAGGGAAAAAUGGUACGUCUCAUUGCGUAUUAACAUAAAUUACCUCGACUCGAGGGAAAACAAAACUAACUGUUUCCCUCGGGACCAAACAUUUAGUGUAGCAAAUGCAAUUUUUUUUUAUAACUUCUCCACUAUGACUUAGAUAAGACACUUUAAAAAGAUUGACAGAUCGCUUCUCUUUACGGAUUUUGUACCUUCUCCCCUAAAAUAAUAUCGCUCCGGAGAAUUCAUGAGAAUGCCUUGCACGAUUUUAUGCUAUUCAUCACAAUCAUAAAGAGAUGAAAUAAAGAAGCCAGACUAUAUGCUGGUCUUCUUUCAUUUCUUUUCAAUUUCUAUUUUAUCUUGCUUUAAGUUUUUGUUCGUGAGUAGAUUUUGGUAACUCGAUCUGUUUCAAUUUUCCAUCACAUUUCUUACAACUUUUCAAACAGUAGUUAGCUUUCUGGUUUAGGAAACAUUUAGGGAUGAACCUGGUGUGUUGGAAAUUUAGUUCCUACUCCUAUUUUCUACUGUACGUUAUCUCAAAGUCGUAGUAGUCCUGUAAAUGUUCGCAUUCUAUGAACUUUAAUGAUCAGUUUGCUUCCCUUAACAUUUGUUUGCAAAAAAAUUUAAAUUCCUUCCGCGAAUCCUUUGUCAUUAGCGUCAAGUACCUGCAGUUUUCAAAUGGACGUUAUAAGGAUUUACAUAUCCAGAUGUAGAUGCUACUCAGAGGGAAAUGAUCGAAGUAGUUUUUUCGUUCAUACAAGGCCUUAUGAAAAAACAGUUUUAGCAUAUUAUUAGAAAAUAAUCCUUGAUAAACUCCUUUUUUUGUUUUCUUUUUUAAGAUGGAUGAUAAAAAGCGCCCAUCUAUUGUGCUUUAUGAUUAAACGCCAGCGUACAUCUGGAAGACAAUAAUGGUUAGAGUAGGAAUAGUGGUAAUUAGACCUAAUAAAUUAUUAAAUUCCCCAUUAUCCCCAUAAACAUCCUUGUUAACCUUGAAGCUUAUCCGCAAUUAGAAGAAUGUAUAUACCAAAGAAGGCCUCACUGUCAGUGUGUUAAAGACCUUGGAACCUCGAGAACAUGUGAGGACAUAUAAAUCAAGCAUCACUAACGUAAGAAAUUACCUGAAGCUUGAUCAUGAAACUCAAAACACUUUCUUACUUAGAUAUAAAAGUAAAUAUGUUCAUAACUAAAUUCAGGGUCAGGAAACAAAGCAAAGAAAACUUGGAGAAUCUCACACAAUCAUCGAUCAAGCUUGAACUUGUCGGGGAUAAGGAAUUUAACUUAUUUCAGAUAAACGACCACCACCACGACCAUUGUGCAUAAUUGAAAUGAUAGAUAAUAUCGGAAAGUAAUGACUCGAAAUUUUCUUUUGAUAUAAGUUAAGCUUAUCAUUAUUUUAACGCAACGUGGCUGAGAUUAGGAAUGCCCCACUUUAUUUCAUAAUCCCUCUCAAGAAUUGGAAGGUAAAGAGUCCAAAAAGAACGCUAUUCACAGACGCAAAUUUGAUUACAGACAAUAUCGAAAAACAAGGAAAACAGGUUGUCAUAGCCCUCUUAGAUAUGUUUACAGGAUACGUCUGUUAUAGACACGAUAUGCAAAAAGACGGUCGUCAGAUUCCAAGAGAAUAAAGGGAGUAUUAAGUAGUUUAAGAACACCUGGUGGAGGGAGAUAUCCACACGCUAAAUUUUUAUAAUAUUGUUCUAAGGACUGAUUUCGGUGUCUGAUAGGUAUGUUAACAUGUAAAGAUAAAUAAUUAUUCUUAAGAGACCCAAUUCUCUCCAUCGAGUGAAGCGGAUAACAUUCAUUUGCGUCAUUUGCUUUAAUUUCCACAUAGAACUGACAGCUGCAAGCUUUUUUCUUUAAUUUGUUUUCAUAAAACGGUUGCGUUUACAAAAAACAGGUCGAUUUUGGAAGUUUUAUCCACUGAUGAGGGCUAGUGAUCAACUUAAACUUAUGCCAUGCGCGCGGGGUAAAAACAGAAAACCGUUAGCUCGAAGCAGGCACGCAAUUUGUUUCAUUUUUCAUGAUCGUAACCUAGAAUGCAUUAUUGAAUUAUAGAAAAGUUGAGUCGCAAACGGCGAAGAAAGUUUUAUCCUUCGAUUCACGGAUGAGAGCAACCUUAUUUAUAUUUCUCCUCCUUGCUGAUACAAAAAGAGUUAAGGUAACAGCAACUGGCAAAGACUAAGUCAAAAACCGACAACGAUGGCUCGUCUUAAUGGAAAUUAGCAUAAAUUUCCUCUUUCUAUGAUCAUCGGUCUAAAUAACCAAAGACGAUCAUGUAAACUCGAAUAUGAAACUUUGAAUUUUCAAGGACCUGUAUAAUGAAGAAAGCGAAAAAAGGUUUAUAGAGGAGAAUCAAUAUUUUUUUCAUGACUUAGCGAUCAUGUUCAUGUCACGGCUUUUGCUCUGUCUUCCUUAAAAUAAUAUAGUUCAGGAGAACAAAACACACGAAAAUGCUUUCUAGAAAUCUUGUGUCUUCACAAAAGUCAAGUGUUCAUCGAUGCUUCCAAUUUUUGUUCUCGUCUCAUUAUUGUUUUUGACGUUUUUGGAAAGGGAGGGGGGCUGGAGUUAAUUAUCUAGGGCCUUAUUAUACCAAAAAUUAGGAUUUUAAGAUAUAACAGCGGUAACAGCGACAUAAAAAAAACAAAACAAAACAAUUAAAAACAUUAGUUAAACUUGUCUUUUCCCUACGCAUUUUAUGUGUUGACCUUCUUUAUCGAAAUAGAUGUCUCAGCUGAAAUAAGAAGGAAAUCUCUGAGCGCGGAAUUGAGACAUGAAAAAUUGUCCUAAAUACCUAUGUUCUCAGAUAGGCAAAGCCGCCCUACGUGCCACACGGCAUAAUGGGCAUGAGUGAGUGAGUCAGAUAGGCAAAAAUCCGCAAAUGAAUGUAGUAUUAAUUUUUCUCCAUGUUCCCGUAUUCUCCUCAGUGGGCUGGUUAAGUUACGGAAACAUAUAAUUUUUCUUUUUUCUUCUUUUUCCUUUUUUUUUUUUUUUUCUAUUAUUUUUUUACAAAACAGCACAGUAAAAGUAAAGCUAUAAGGAGAAAAAACCAUAGAAACCGUUUCUUCAUAAAUUCCUUUUCUUAAGGAGACCGUAGAAAAUGAAAUGGAGGCAAUGCAUAAUUCAAGGCACGAAUAAAAUUUAGUGAAUGUUUUGCCGCCUUGAUGUUCUACAAGCUUGCUGCUCAAUGUUCUUACAUGAUUUUAAGAACCUCAAUGCUGUAAUGUUUCCGUGAUGGUUAAAAGAUUCCAAGGAUUCUGUUAUCGAUUAUAAAACGACGAAUGUAAUGCCAUUUUCGAGUGACCUUGAGUUGUUAUCAAUGAGUCGUUUUCCUUCAACGGAAGCAGUAUUGCCAUGGCAGUCAGUGUUCAACUUCCCGAACUGAUUAUUUCAUAAAUACUUGAAUAAAAACCAUGCAAAUCAUAAUUUAUCCUUUGAUAAGUGUAAGAUGCAAGGUUCAGGAUAAAGACUAUAACAUACACGAUGCUUCGCAAAGGAAAGUUUCACCACAAUAUUCUGUAUUUCUGGUCUUGCAUUUCCUUGAUUGUAACUUCCAUUCUACAUAUGCACGUACUUACUUUGUUUCAAGGCGCCAAUGAAACACAUUUAACGAGAGAUGAAUCGUAAUCGUUGGAAAAUAAGCCCAAAUGAACUUUAUUCGAACAGUUUGGUCUAUACACAAUUGCAAAAAUAGCACGAUUUAAUUUAUCGCCUGCCUAAAUAAAGUAUUCUCUAUGUCGUUGAAAACGCGAAUAAGGCCAGUCGAAAAUUAAAAGGCAACUAUCUGAUAACAUUUCGAAUAGUAAACAGGGCCUUUAGAGCGACGCUAAAUGAGUUCCUUAUUGAAAAAUGCACGCCUCUUAGCUGAGGCAAACCCCAUGUCUUGAAAGAUGUCUUCGAAACAAUUUCACAAUUCUCUACUGGAACAUUUUCUUGAAUUCAUGUAAAGUUCUUUGCUUCAGAUACAAAACAAAAAUGUAACGAAUGUUGAAAAAAGGUCGUCUGUUUAUAAGUUCUAAAGAUUGUUUGACAGUUUUCAAUUUCAGAAAUUAAACCAUUCGUGCAUCGAGACUAAUACAAUUGAAAUUUAAACAAUAGCGACUUGAGGAUUAGAAAUGUGGAUCACACAGUUUUUCCAACGUUUUAUUUCUUUAAUUAAAUUGAAGUUCGAAAUUAUUGAGCUAUUUUUCAGUGGCAUAUCAUACCUAUUGAGAGCUUAAACAAUUUUUAAGUGUACCUUGAAAAUUCGAGCAACUUCCACCGAAGAAUUAGGCAAGCUGGAAUGAUAAGAGAUAAUUUAUUAAAGACGUCAUUUGGUGUCUCAUAGAAAGACGUAAACAGCAUCUGAUAUGUGCUUUGUCUGUCAUCUUGAACAAAAUAUUUGAUAUGUUAAAUAAAGGGGAAAAAUUUAUUGUUUAUUCUGGUAAAAGUGCGCCUAAACUAUGUUUUAAAACUCCUACAGAGUGCGUGAAGCCGACUAAAUGUUUCAUUGUGCACAAAUUGUCGGGAUGAUUUUAUCAUACGGACGGAAAGAGUUAUGCUCUUUGUCUAACUUGUGGUGACGAAGCCGUGGGAAGAAGCGCGAACGAUUUUACAAGAAUAGGAACUUUUGAAAUAGUUUCGAAUUAUUAUUACGUGUUGGUUUAACGUUGCUUGAGACAAGACAGAAGACAAUUCAAUAAACUUUGAGUAAUAUUAAAAAAAAGUAAGCAAAAUUCAAGAAACUGUGUAUGACGAAAAAAAAUUAACAUUUUUGCAGCGAUAAUAAUUUAUUUGAACUACAUUGUCGACGACUCAUUAAAAACUGUCAAGCUAAAAAAUAUUUAGCGAUCAAUUUUUAAGUAUUUGGCGGAACAAUGCAAAUUUACACCGCAUUUAAUUUGAUCUGUUUGUCCUUUACUGUCAACUUGAAUUUGUAUUGUAGCUCUGAAGCCUUUGAGGUUCGAGCAAUUCAUUUGAAUUGCGCUUGCUUGACGUCUGUGAAUUAUGCUCAUUGUGACUUUCGCGCAAAAUGGAGCCGUGUAAACUUUGGUGGAACAAGUAAAAGGAACAAGGAAAAAGGUUGGCUUCACUCCUAAGGGUAUGGUGCGAUUUUAAAAGAAAAUUAUCUUGAGGUCUUUUUCAACGAAAGCAGAUUAUCGAUGCUCGAAGUUUACUAGCUGAACCUUUACAUGAUUACUUCUAUGCACCACAAAAGUUCUGGUAAAUGAUAUGUUGUUCUGUUUAUCUAAAAAAAAUUACCAAAAGGUCGCUAAAGUUUGAACCCCGUCCAAAAUGUUGAAUGUGUUAAGAACAACUUAGAAAUAAUUAUUCAUCACAUAUAGUUUGGAAGCCUUGUAUUUGAAUCUUUCUUGCCCUUUUGGUUACUGAACUUUGUAGAUGAAUAAAGGGUUUAAACAAUCUUCGGGAUUUCUAUUUCAUAAUUGAAUGAGGAUAAUCAGCAGCUUAUAAAUGUUAAUUAGUCAACUUGUUAAAGAUUGUAUUUUUCCUCGCUCAUAAGGAGACUAUGUUAUUUAAUCUGAACUUUUUCUCGAGUUUGAGUCGUUGUCACUUCACAUUAGGAACCAAGAUUUCGAAAUGAAGAUUUUUAAUGCUUGAAUCUUCGUUCUUCUAUGGGGGCGUAAAGUGAUCAGGCCUAUCAGGAGGACAUUUCAAAAUGCCUUAAGCAGAUCAAAGUUAUCAUUCCACAGAAACCGAAGGAGCCUUCGAAAUUAAAGUUUAAUGUUAAGAGUUGUGCUGAUCUUCCUUGACGAUUGGCAUCCUAUCGAGCCUUGUGCAAAUUGUUUACUCACAUCAUAAACUAGAAAGUACCUGAACGAAUUUACAGGAAAGGUUUUAAUGUACGUGUAGUAUUAUUGCUGUAUGGCUUCAUCUGGUAUCAAACAAGUUUUGUUGAGGGGAAACUCGUCUUUUUUCUUUCUAUGAUCCUAUUCUCAAUAUUUUCAGAUUCAGCUCAAGCAAAGAAGUAUGUGGUGGCUGUUCUGCCAUUUAAGAUUCGUCUUUUUCGCUUCUACCAUGGAGUUUGUCGCAGCUAAUGAUCAAUGUAGGACAGAAAUAAACAUACAAGGAAUGGCUCUCGAGAGUCAUGUCUUUAAAAGGUGGUCACUGGCGGCUCCUCACCUUUGCGAUGUCAAAUGUGGACAAGAGAUCACGUGCCAAAGCUAUAACUACAAUCGAAAAUACCAAAUAUGUGAACUAAAUAACCGCACCAAGGAGGCGAGACCAGACAAUUUCCUUUCGGCACCCGCUUGGUUUUACAUCCGACGAUUGAACGGCAGAGGUAAGAAAUCAAAUGUCUCUCUAUCUGUGUGAUUUCUAUUUCUCUUAAAUCUUCUCCAUCCUCAGCCUGGUUCCUUCUCGCCUGGAAGAGCUAAGAAUAGGAAGUAAAUGUAAAACAUAUCUUUACUGCGGCUCCCUUAGGUUCUAUCCCUGAAUUACCGGCGCUGUCUUGUCACGAAAUAAAGGCGAGUGAAGGUAAACACACCAUAAGCGGCAAGUACUAGCUGGAUCCAACUAGGAAAGGAAAGGCGAAACUGAUUUACUGUGAUAUGGUUAACGAAGGUAGGCCCUAUAACUUUGUUUGAGCUAUUUUAUUUUGUGGCGAGUUAUCAGUAUCAUGAAAUUAUUAUAAAUUAUACUAUUAUUAAUAUCAUUAUCGUAAUAUUUGGUUUGGAUCAGUUCUGGCGUGGAUGCCUCUAAAGUUGCUCUAAAUUAGUCCCUGUUUCUCUUUCAACAUUCUAGAUAUGGAUGAAUGUAAAUUUAACAUCAGUGACUGCGACGUGAAUGCAAACUGUACUAACACAUAUGAUUCUUACAAAUGCACAUGUAAAGUGGGAUACAUCGGCGAUGGACGCUCAUGUUCAGGUAGUUUUAAUAUUUUCAUAUAUAACUAGUUUUUGUUGAUCGUCUCAUAAUUUUAUGCAGCGUUAUCCAUGCAUGUUUAUGCAAAGAGUUACCACGAUCUACAUAUUUUGUUACACAUUUUGUAAUGAUAAGAGGAAUUACAUGACUAUGGGUCAUAAGAAUGAUAAAGUGCAAAAUUUAUCGAUAGUUUCUCAGAUAUUUACGAGUGUAAAGGAAAUCACUCUUGUCACAUGAAUGCUACCUGCACGAACACCAAAGGAUCGCACGUUUGUACUUGUCACCACGGAUAUACUGAAAAUGGAAGCGACUGCACAGGUACAUAAUGCGUUUCCUUUAGAAUCAUUCCCAUUAGAAAGAAAAGCGCCAUCAUCUUUGCAAGAGUUGUUUUACCAGCAUACCUUGUAUAAGAAGAGAUGAGUGUAGGCCUGAAGACAAUGGCGAUAAUGACACCAUUGUAUUCAAUAAACAUUCAAUGCUUACAGGACAGAACAACGGAUUUGAACUUGGGGAAACCAAGAAAAAAUCUGGUAAGUGGUAACGUGAAGUGCUCACGUCUAGAACCACAAGACAAAGACUUCUCAGCUUAUGCCCCGAAACUUUUCUCCAAUUGCAUUUUUUUUUUAUGUUUAUGAUUAUUGAUUAUUACAGAUAUUGACGAGUGUAAAGGAAAUCACUCUUGUCACGUGAAUGCUGCAUGCAUGAACACCCUUGGAUCACAUGUAUGUCAAUGUCAUGCUGGAUAUACUGGAAAUGGAGAAAACUGCACAGGUAAAUUUAAUCUCUUCUCUACAAUAUAGUAGAAUAGUCCUGCAUCACACGUUCAACUACAGUGCUGCACCAUCCAGUUGCGUUGCAAGACAAUUAGACAAUUUAUCACUAAGAAACUCGGUCAUUUUGUCCUCACGUGUUCACCUCCUCGAGUGUUCAAGUCGCUAUCUUAUGAGAAUAUAAACAGUUGUAAUCUCUUGGUAUCGAGUUGAACAAGAGAAGAAAAGUUACAUGACCGCAAGCAACCAUGUACUAUUUUGAUUAUCAUAUAAACACAAUAGGCCUUUACUGAGAAUGAAAGGUGACUUUUUUAAAGAAUGAUAUGAUUGGUUUCACAAUCCGCGAAAAAAAAAUCGUAAAGCGCGUCGGCGAUAAGGGUCAAGAUGAAAAAAUGUGUUGAACCAUUACAGAAACAGACAAAGGGCGUAACUUUCUUUUCAUAAAAUUCUCAGUUGAUUUUUUCCUUACCGAAAGAAAAAUAUUUUCAUGUAAAAGACAAAAAUAGGCCUUUAGUAAGAAAAAAAUAGAAUUUUUUAAAGAAUGAAAUUAGAAGUUUCACAUUCCGCUAAAAAAAAUUCUACCAAGGAAGGCUAGCAAGGCUAAUCUUUGAUGAUUGAUAUCCGACUACAGUUUGGAACUGUGUCUAGAGAGAGAUUCCACUGCAGUGGAAGUUUUUGUUUAGUCUAAAUUAAUAAUUAAUUUGUCACAAUGAUAAAUAACUUAAUGCUCUUUCACCUUGCAAAAGUUUAAAAAACGAAUUUAUAUCUCACUCGUGUAACCACUAACGUUGUAUAAUUUUUCUUUCUUUCCCAUUUUUUUAGAUAUUGAUGAAUGCCAAAAAAAUACUCACAAUUGUCACCUGAACGCUACUUGUCAAAACACAAAUGGAUCCUUUGUGUGCACCUGUAUAUUUGGAUUUAACGGAGAUGGACGGAACUGCACAGGUUAAGGCCUUUAGAUUGUAAUUGCCUGGUUAUGACUUUAAGAAGUGUUAGUUUGCUUGUGCUUUUAUUUUUAACUGUUUGUUUAAUUUGUACGUACCUUCUCCGUUUGUUUGUUUUGAUAAAGUAGUUAUCCUUGCCUUAAUAAUUUUGACCAAUGGUAGAAAAUGAUCCCAAUUGAAAGCAAGAGGACGAAAUGCACUCAAUGCUCAAAAUAAGGAGGUUUAUACAUGUAUCAUACUCCAAGAAUCGUGAUUGAAAGCCUGUCAUUUCUCAGAUAUUGACGAAUGUGCAAGAAAUCUUUCUUGUCAUGUGAAUGCUAACUGUACCAACACAAUUGGAUCACAUGUAUGUACAUGCCACACUGGAUACAUUGGAGACGGACAAACUUGCUCAGGCGAUUUUGAUAAC